CUCUUUAUCUGGUCCUGCUCUAUUGUGAGUGAGAUAGGGAUAGUGUUACUGCUUCACUCCUCUGCUCCACCAAACUAUACAACGUACACAGGAAAAAAAGAAAAAAAGAAGAGGUUCAAUGGGAAAUUAUAAAUCAAGACCAACUCAGACAUGUACAGAUGAGUGGAAGAAGAAGGUGAGCGAGUCAUACUCUGUGAUCAUCGAGAGGCUGGAGGAUGACCUACGCAUCAAAGACAGCGAGCUGACAGACCUCAAACAGGUCUUCAGCUCUGAUGAAGCUUUUCAGAAAGUGAACUUGAAUUACCGGACAGAGAGCGGACUGUCCCUGUUGCAUCUCUGCUGCAUGUGUGGCGGGAAUAAAGUCCACAUAAGGACUCUGAUGCUGAAAGGCCUACGUCCAUCCAGGCUUACCAGGAAUGGGUUAACUGCUCUACACCUGGCUGUCUAUAAGGACAAUGCGGAGCUGGUGACGGCAAUGCUCCACGGAGGGGCAGACAUCCAGCAGGUUGGGUACGGUGCCCUAACAGCCCUGCAUAUCGCCACCAUGGCUGGGCACCAUGAGGCAGUGGAUAUCCUUCUUCAGCAUGGAGCCUAUGUCAACGUCCAGGAUGCUGUGUUCUUUACUCCUCUGCAUAUUGCUGCUUACUAUGGCCAUGACCAGGUGGCUAAGCUGUUGUUGAAGUUUGGGGCGGAUGUAAAUGUGAGUGGGGAGGUGGGAGACAGACCGUUACACCUGGCAGCCGCCAAGGGCUUCCUCAGCGUCGUAAAACUGCUGCUGGCAGAGGGGAGCAAGACUGAAGUGAAUGCUCAGGACAAUGAGGACCACGUCCCGCUCCACUUCUGUGCCCGUUUCGGCCACCAUGAAGUGGUCCACUUCCUGUUGCAGGGCAACUUUGAGCUACAGCCUCACUCCGUCAACAUCUACGGAGACACCCCUCUCCACCUGGCCUGCUACAAUGGAAAGUUUGAGGUGGUGAAGGAGAUAGUGCAGCUGUCAGGCACAGAGAGUCUGUCCAAGGAGAACAUAUUUAGCGAGACUGCCUUUCACAGUGCCUGCACCUAUGGGAAGAGUCUGGAGAUGGUCAAGUUCCUGCUCGGUCAGAACGCCAUGAGCAUCAACCAUCAGGGCAGAGACGGACACACAGGUCUGCACAGUGCAUGUUUCCAUGGCCACAUACGUCUGGUCCAGUUCCUAUUGGACAGCGGGGCUGACAUGAACCUGGUGGCCUGUGACCCCAGCCGGUCCAGUGGGGAGAAGGAGGAGCAGACCUGCCUCAUGUGGGCCUAUGAGAAAGGUCAUGAUACCAUCGUCACUCUGCUCAAACACUACAAGCGUCCCCUGGAUGACUCCCCAUGUAACGAGUACUCUCAGCCUGGCGGAGAUGGGUCCUACGUGUCUGUGCCGUCCCCCCUGGGCAAGAUCAAAAGCAUGACCAAAGAAAAGGCAGAUGUUCUUCUCCUCCGGGCCAGCCUCCACUCAAGCUUCCAACUGCAGCUCUCUGACCUGGAGUUCAAUGAGAUCAUUGGUUCAGGCUCAUUUGGAAAGGUCUAUAGAGGCAAGUGUAAGAACAAGGUCGUUGCCAUCAAAAGGUAUCGGGCCAACACGUACUGCUCCAAGUCAGACGUGGACAUGUUCUGCAGGGAGGUGUCCAUCCUGUGUCGUCUCAACCACCCCUGUGUCAUCCAGUUUGUGGGGGCAUGUCUGGAUGACCCCAGCCAGUUCGCCAUAGCCACCCAAUAUGUCUCCGGGGGCUCCCUGUUCUCCCUGCUGCACGAGCAGAAGAGGAUCAUCGAUCUGCAGUCCAAGCUCAUCAUCGCCAUCGACGUGGCCAAGGGCAUGGAGUACCUGCACAACCUCACUCAGCCCAUCAUCCACAGGGACCUCAACAGUCACAACAUUCUACUCUAUGAGGACGGGCAUGCUGUGGUGGCUGAUUUUGGAGAAUCCAGAUUUCUGUUAUCUGAGGUUGUGGACAAUAUGACCAAGCAGCCAGGGAACCUGCGCUGGAUGGCCCCAGAGAUAUUCACCCAGUGUACACGCUAUACUGUCAAGGCCGACAUGUUCAGCUAUGCCCUGUGUCUGUGGGAGCUGCUCACUGGAGAGAUCCCCUUUGCCCACCUGAAACCUGCUGCAGCAGCUGCAGACAUGGCCUACCACCACAUCCGGCCUCCUAUUGGCUACUCCAUACCCAAACCCAUAUCUGCCAUGCUAAUGAGGGGCUGGAAUGUCUGUCCAGAGGAUAGACCUGAGUUCUCUGAGGUGCUGGCCACACUAGAGGAAUGCCUAUGCAAUGUGGAGUUGAUGUCCCCAGCCUCCAGUAACAGCAGUGGGUCCCUGUCCCCCUCUGGCUCGUCUGACUGCCUGGCGAGGGGCAGUCCUGGUCGAAGUCACGUGGCCGCCCUCCGUUCCCGCUUUGAACUGGAGUACGCCCUCAACGCCCGUGCCUACGCAGUCUGGACUCAGAGCGAGGGACGACGUGAUUCCCAAGGUCCGUCUCUGGAUGAACUGAGGAGGAAUAUGCAGUUUCCACCUAUUGACCGAAAUGGGUAUGUGUCAGACCCUAUGAGCACCAUGCGCUUCCACUCCAACUGCAGCAGCAACGGCAGCUUUGAAGACAACUAACAUAGAUGGGAAGUCUUCCAGCUCUACUAUGCUACUAUAUUGUAGUUCAUGAAGCCAUAACCUUAUUUCUAAGUUUAUCACAUAGACAUAUUGGUUGAUCUAGUCUUGAGUAUAAGCUAUAUAUAUAUCGUUAUGUGUAUUUCCUAAAGCUAUUUACUACUUUCUGUGUUUAUGGUGUUGAACUGUUUGAAUAGAUUUGUGUGGUUUUUAUAUCUGGUAAGUAUUUUUUGGAUACGAGGCAUUUUGGGGGUUUGGAAAAUGUUUUAUAGUAUACCACCUGUAUAGUCUAUUCUUAAAAACAUCUUCAAGCGUCAGAAUGCUUAGGAAAUUUGUGCUUUUUAUUUUCAGAGAAAUCAUUGAGUUUCAUUCUAUAGGAUUUUACAGUGAUAAACAAGAUGAAUCCUAACCAAACAAAACUAAAUACAGGAUUCAUAAUGAAUGGCAUAUGAAUAAAUAAAUUAUACAAGAAUAUUUAGAAGUAGAGGUAUUAGGCUGCGUUUACACAGAUAGCCCAAUUCUGAUAUUUUGGCCAAUUCUUGGCAAAAUAUCUGAUCUGAUUAAAGACCAAUUGGUGCAAAAAAUAUCAGGAUUGGGAUACCUGUGUAAACACAGAGCCUUAGAGGUGUUAGCAGCAACGUAUUUGUUUUGACACAAACUGUUUCCUACAUAGGACAUUUCACAAUUUCAACAAUUGUUAUUACUGCAUGUGUAGUUAUGUAGCCAUUGCUGUAUGUUCUAUGUGUGGCAUAUACUGUUUUCAAAUGCAUUGGGAGAUUAUAUUUCAAUGUCCAUUUCAAUUAUAUGCAUAUUCUAGAUUCUGGGUCGGAGAAAUAGGCAGUUUCAUUUGGGUACGUUUUUCAUCCAAACAUCAAAAUACUGCCCCCUACACUCAACAGGUAAAACAACAUGAUCAUUACACAGGUGCACCUUGUGCUGGGGACAAUAAAAGGCCACUCUAAAAUGUGCAGUUUUGUCACACAACACAAUGCCACAGAUGUCUCAAGUUUUGAGGGAGUGUUCAAUUGGCAGGCUGACUGCAGGUUUGUACACCAAAGCAGUUUCCAGAGAAUUUAAUGUUCAUUUCUCUACCAUAAGCCAAUGGCGUUUUUAGAGAAUUUGUCAGUACGUCAAACCAACCUCAAAACUGCAGACCACGUGUAUGGCGUCAUGUGGAUAAGCGGUUUGCUGAUUGUUUGCUGAACGUUGUGAACAGAGUGCCCCAUGGUGGCUGUGAGGUUACGGUAUGGGCAGGCAUAAGCUACGGUCAACGAACACAAUUGCAUUUUACAGAUGGCAAUUUGAAUGCACAGAUACCGUGACGAGAUCCUGAGGUCUUUUCUGAGGUCUUGGCUGAUUUCUUUAGAUUUUCCCAUGAUGUCAAGCAAAGAGGCACUGAGUUUGAAGGUAGGCCUUGAUAUACAUCCACAGUUACACCUCCAAUUGAAGCCAUGUGUAUGUAAACUUCUGACCCACUGGAAUUGUGAUACAGUGAAAUAAGUUAAAUAACCUGUCUAGGACUGGUUAAAUCAACAGAAAUCACAUAAAUAAAAUUCUCAAACAUACAAGUAUUUGGCACCAUUUUAAAGAUAAAAUUCUCGUUAACCUCUUGAACAUAUGGGGGCGCUGUGUCAUUAUUGGAUAAAAAGACGUGCCCGUUUUAAGCGCAAUAUUUUGUCACGAAAAGAUGCUUGACUAUGCAUGGAAUUGACAGCCUUUGGAAAGACAACUCUGACGUCUCCAAAACUGCAAAGAUAUUAUCUGUGAGUGCCCCAGAACUAAUGCAACAGGCGAAACCAAGAUGAAGUUUCAUACAGGAAAUGCCCCAGAUUCUGAAGGCGCUGUGUUCCAAUGUCUCCUUAUAUGGCUGUGAAUGCGCCAGGAAUGAGCCCGCGCUUUCUGUCUAUUCCCCGAGGUGUCUGCAGCAUUGUGACGUGUUUGUAGGCAUAUCAUUGGAAGAUUGACCAUAAGAGACUACAUUUACCUGGUGUCCCGCCCGGUGUCCUGUGUGCGUAAUCUGUAGGUCCAUGCGCGUUCCAUUUCUUCAGAACAGAAAGUAAAAUGCCACGAUGGAUUUUAUCGUCGAUAGAUAUGUGAAAAACACCUUGAGGAUUGAUUCUAAACAUCGGUUUGCCAUGUUUCUGUCGAUAUUAUGGAGUUAAUUUGGAAAAAAGUUCGCGUUUUAAUGACUUAUUAUUUAAUUUUUUUCCUUACCCAAACGUGAUUAACAAAACGGAGCGAUUAGUCGACACAAAUAAUAUUUUUUGUAAAAACGGAACAUUUGCUAUCUAAAAGAGUCUCCUCAUUGAAAACAUCUGAAGUUCUUCAAAGGUAAAUGAUUUUAUUUGAAUGCUUUUAUGGUUUUUGUGGAAAAUGUUGCAUGCUGAAUGCUAACGCUAAAUGGUACGUUAGCCAUCAAUACUGUUACACAAAUGCUUGUUUUGCAAUGGUUGAGAAGCAUAUUUUGAAAAUCUGAGAUGACAGUGUU